CAUUAUCUUUGAACAUAAAAGACACUCCUGUCUUGUGCCAUUCGACUCUACAAUACUUACAAAAACAGUACAGAGAGAGAAACGGAACCUUAAUUUCCUUACACACUCUCUGUUUUGCAAGACCCACAUGGAAAUCUCAGUGGAAGUUCCUCCGUACCUUCGAGUGCACAAAGAUGGCACCGUUGAGCGAAUGGCCGGUAUCCAAGUUGUUCCCGCGGGUUUCGAUCCCAACACCAACGUUGUCUCCAAAGACAUUAUCGUCAUCCCCGAAGCUGCCGUCACAGCCAGGCUCUACCGUCCCAAUUUCACACCCCAAAACACCAAGCUCCCGUUAGUUAUCUACUUCCACGGCGGCGCCUUCUGCAUCUCUUCUCCCUCCGACCCUGUCUACCACAACUCACUCAACAAACUCGUUGCAGAGUCCAACGUUGUCGCUCUCUCCCUCAACUAUCGCCUCGCUCCAGAACACCCUCUUCCAACGGCGUAUCAAGACUCUUGGGCCGCGAUCCAAUGGGUCGCUUCUCAGGCUAAAGCCCCGGAAGAUUGGUUCAGGGAUAACGUUGACUUUGAGAGAGUAUUCUUGGCAGGGGACAGCGCAGGUGCCAACAUAGGACACUACAUGGCCCUGAAGUUGAACAAUGUUUCAAAAAAUGAUUUUGAUUUGAAGAUCAAGGGUCUUGUCAUGGUGAAUCCUUACUUCUGGGGAAAAGAAGCAAUUGGGAUAGAGAUCACUGAUCCAGAGAGGAAGAAGAUGGUGGAUGUAUGGUGGGAUUUUGUUUGUCCUUCGGAUAAAGGGAACGAUGAUCCCCUGAUUAACCCGUUUGUGGAGGAGGCUCCGAGUGUUGAAGGGGUGGCUUGCGAGAAGGUGCUUGUGAUUGUUGCAGAGAAAGACAUUCUGAGGGAAAGGGGGAAACUGUAUCACAAAAUGUUGACUAACAGUGGUUGGAAAGGAAAAGCUGAGUUCUAUGAGACUCUUGGGGAGGAUCACGUGUUUCACAUCUUCAACCCCGAUUGUGACAAAGCCCAGAGUUUGAUUAAACGUAUAGCUGAUUUCAUCAAUGAACAAACAGUGAAUUGAAUGUUUAGUAACAUGUUGUGUUUGUUGUGUGGAGACAUAAUAAUAAAGUUGAACAAAGCUUAGGAA